AUGGUGGAGACUCAAUACAAGGCAGUUGUUAAGGGCGUUCGUUCUGAUAAUGCUCCUGAGCUGAAGUUCACUUCUCUGUUCAGGCAAAAGGGUAUAAUCUCGUAUCAUUCGUGCCCUGAAACACCAGAGCAAAAUUCGGUGGUGGAGAGAAAGCAUCAACAUAUACUUAAUGUUGCUCGCUCUCUGAUGUUUCAGGCUCACAUUCCUCUUGAGCUUUGGGGCGAUUUUGUUCUGACAGCUGUGUUCCUACUCAACUGUUUGCCUACACCUCUUCUGAAUGAUAAAUCCCCAUUUGAAGUUCUGACUUCUAAGGCUCCUGGCUACACUGGUUUGCGAGUGUUUGGUUGUCUUGCAUAUUGUUCCACUUCUUCAAAGAGCCGCCACAAAUUUCAACCUCGUGCCAAGCCCUGCGUCUUCUUGGGCUACCCACCUGGUUGUAAAGGCUACAAGCUCUUAGACUUGGAGUCCAACACAACACAUGUUUCCAGAAAUGUUGUGUUCCAUGAAGAAAUAUUCCCCUUCUCAACGGGUCAGUCAGAUUUUCCUCUUGAUUUCUUCACUUUGGAUCAAGAAUCUUUGAACACUGAUAGUCCAAACAUGGUUCAUCGGGCUGUUCCUGUAGUCGAGGUUGGCGCUCCUAUGGUUGUGAACGAUAAUCCCACCCAUGUUUGUUCUCGUUCUGAAGAUUCUUGUCCCGGAAAUGAAGAGGAACCCUCUAAGAGAGCAUCCAAAAGCCCUGCGUACUUGGAUGAAUACUACUGCAAUGUGCAGGAUGCCUAUAUUCCAUAUCCCCUUGCUAAUGUCAUGUCCUACACUCAGCUCUCGGACGAAUACAAGGCAUAUAUUUGCGCCCUCACAUUACUGCCUGAACCUGCUUCGUUCAAAGAUGCUUUGAAGUUUGAUGAAUGGAUUCAAGCGAUGAACGAAGAAUUGAUGGCCCUUGAGAAGACUAAUACUUGGGAUAUCUGUUCCUUGCCUCCAGACAAACACGCUAUUGGUUGUAAGUGGGUCUACAAACUCAAACUUUUGGCUAAUGAUUGUUUGGAGAGAUACAAAGCACAAUUAGUCGCGAAAGGUUAUACACAACAUGCUGGUGUGGAUUUUGUUGAUACAUUCUCCCCUGUUGCUAAGAUGACAACUGUGAAGACUCUUCUUGCAGUCUCCGCGGCUAAGAAUUGGAGUUUGACUCAAUUGGACAUCUCCAACGCUUUCCUAAAUGGCGAUCUUGAGGAAGAGAUCUACAUGACAUUACCUCCGGGUUAUACCCCAAAGGCCGGAGUUACUUUGCCUCCAAAUCCUGUCUCUCUACUCUCUUGA